CACUCGGCGGUCUCCUUUUACAGUUGUUUUGUCCACCCAUGUCUCUGGUAGCGUCGGUUGUGUUUCUGGGAAACUCCUCUAAAGCCUGAACAGCUAGGGGCAAAAUAGUAACAAUAUCACCCCUUUUAUCCCCAAAUCAAAACUUCCGCUUUUCUUCUCUCUGCUUCUUCUCGGUUCAUCUUCCUGCUCCGUCAAUCCAUCCGCGGCACUUCGGUUUUCUCCGCAUUUGUUGAUGGGUACGUCAUCUGGUUCUAAUAUCCACCACCAGCCUUCAGCAAAAAUGUUGCCUCCACGUCAGCAACCCCGCCCAGGACUACAGACAUCCCUGUCCCUAGUCUCUUCAGAUCCUCGCCUGUCUCCUGACACUCAAGAACCCAGAUCAAACUCAGAUAAUAUCCGUGAGUCUCCCACUGAGAGUGCUAGUUCUAGAGAGACUUGGCCUACUGCUGAUGCUGUCAUGGCCAAGAAGAUGGAGAAUGGAAAACCAAAAAAUGAUUGCCAUGAGCAGUCCGUCGUUCACCGUGUUUCUAGUGCUGAUAAGAUCUCUCUCCGUGACAUAGCAAGAGAACGAGUUGAUAUUAUUUCUGAAAAGAUGCAUAGUUUGCCUGAUGAGUUUCUAGAAGAGCUAAAGAAUGGACUCCGGGUCAUACUGGAAGGAAAUGGUGGUUCACAGCAUAGGGAGGAAUUUUUGUUUUUGCAGAAGCUUGUUCAAAGUAGACCUGAUUUGACAGCUAAGACAUUAAUUAGAGCACAGCGGGUGCAGCUUGAAAUCCUUGUUGCAAUAAAUACAGGAAUUCAAGCAUUUCUGCAUCCAAGUAUUAGUCUUUCUCAAACAUCCCUCAUUGAGGUCUUUGUUUUCAAGCGGUGCAGAAAUAUAGCAUGCCAAAAUCAACUUCCAGCUGAUGAUUGUACUUGUGAAAUUUGUACCAAUAGAAAUGGUUUUUGCAAUCUAUGCAUGUGUGUGAUAUGUAACAAGUUUGAUUUUGAAGUCAAUACUUGUCGUUGGAUCGGUUGCGAUCUAUGUUCUCAUUGGACUCACACAGAUUGUGCUAUUCGAGAUGGGCAAAUUUCUAUGGGCCCUUCUGUAAAGAGUGGAUCAGGCCCAACUGAAAUGCUUUUUCGGUGCCGGGCAUGCAAUCGAACAUCUGAGCUCCUAGGGUGGGUGAAAGAUGUUUUUCAACAUUGUGCACCAGCAUGGGACCGAGAGUCUCUAAUGAGAGAACUUGAUUUUGUUAGUAGAAUCUUCCGAGGAAGCGAAGACACCAGAGGCAGGAAACUCUUUUGGAAAUGUGAGGAACUUAUUGAUAAAAUGAAGGGUGGACUAGCAGAGUCAACAGCCUGCAGAGUAAUUCUUAUGUUUUUCUCAGAACUUGAGGUAGACUCUCCAAAGAGCUUGGAGAAUGGGGAGGAUGGAAGGCUAAUAGCCCCGCAGGAGGCAUGUAACCGAAUUGCUGAAGUGGUACAAGAGGCCAUAAGGAAGAUGGAGAUGGUGACUGAUGAGAAGAUGAGAAUGUUUAAGAAAGCCCGUAUGGCUCUUGAGGCUUGUGACCGUGAACUAGAGGAAAAGGCCAAGGAAGUGACAGAAUUAAAGCUAGACAGGCAAAAGAAGAAGAUACAGAUAGAAGAGCUGGAGAGAAUUGUGAGGCUUAAGCAGGCAGAGGCUGAUAUGUUCCAGCUCAAGGCCAAUGAGGCAAAACGAGAAGCUGAGAGGCUGCAGAGGAUUGCUCUGGCUAAGACUGACAAGUCAGAAGAAGAAUAUGCCAGCAGCUACCUCAAACUUCGUUUGAGUGAAGCGGAAGCUGAGAAGCAGUAUCUAUUUGAGAAGAUUAAACUGCAGGAGAGUUCACGUGCGGCACAAAGCAGUGGUGGGGGUGACCCAUCUCAGGUGUUGACAUAUUCCACAAUUCAUGAUCUGAUUAAUGGCUACAAUGGCCCCCCAAAGUCAGAAUUGCAGCCAAAUGAUCGCCACCAUUUCAGGACAAAUCCUUGAGGACAUACCUCUGAUAUGUUAUAUAUUAAAUAACUAAAUUAACUAUGUGAUUAAGGAGUGCCAGUGUUUCUGAACAAGUGUGAGUGAAAUGCUAGUUGGUUUCAUUUCAUUGUUGAACUUUUUAACCCGCAGCUUCACUAUUUCUAGGAAUUAGGUGCAAGUUUAUAUAUAUAUAUAAACAAUUCCUGCAUAAAACUGUAUUAUGCACUGUAGCUUUUGUAUAUUUACAGUUGAACGGUCCUGUGUAUAUACGAAUUUGACUGGCAGAUGAUCCUGUGGCUGUGCAGUUGCAUCUUAUGUUCUUCAGGUUUUGCAGUUUGAAGUUCAAGCAAGCAUAUUAUUAGGA